CUCAUUCUCCCUUUCUCACCCAUCCUGAGAGCUCGUGCUCCUUCGCUCUCUCUUAAAGCCGGAUCUUCCGUCUGCGCCCCCCUCCGCCGGGCAGAUUAGCACAUUUCUCCACAUCGCCAGGAUGGGCUCCUUUAUUGCCAAGAUGCUGCUGCCCACCGUUAGCAGCCUUGUGCUCCUGCCAGCAGCCAGUGUGGCCACCAAGAGGGGCUUCCACAUGGAGGCCAUGGUCUAUUUCUUCACCAUGUUCUUUACAGCGACGUACCAUGCAUGUGACGGCCCCGGACUGUCCAUCCUCUGUUUCAUGCAGUACGAGAUUCUGGAGUAUUUCAGCAUUUACGGCACCGCAAUAUCCAUGUGGGUCACCCUGUUAGCAUUAGGUGACUUUGAUGAGCCCAAGCGCUCCACUCUGACCAUGUUUGGGAUUCUGACCACUGCUGUGAGGAUCUACCAGGAUCGCUGGGGCUACGGUGUCUACUCUGGACCAAUAGGAACUGCAGUUUUGAUGAUAACAGUCAAAUGGCUGCAAAAGAUGAAGGAGAAGAAAGGACUGUACCCAGAAAAAAGUGUCUACACCCAGCAGGUGGGGCCGGGCUGCUGCUUUGGAGCUCUAGCGUUGAUGCUACGCUUCUACUUUGAGGAGUGGGACUAUGCCUACGUCCACAGUUUCUACCACCUUUCCCUGGCCGUGUCCUUCGUCCUGCUGCUGCCCAAAACCAACCGGCUGGGGGGAACGGGUCGCAACGCUGCAAAGCUCAACUGCUACACCCUCUGCUGCUGUGCGCCCCACCCCUCAACAAAGGACAAAGGCCGGACCGUCUGGAGGUGGCCCACCAAGCGGCCUUGGAUGCGUGCCUGUAACCCUGUACCCCCGCUGCAGCGACCCCCAGCACCUGUUAAAUUACAGGGGUAACGGGAAAGGGGGAAAAGAAGGGAUUUAAAACAGAUGGGUGUCAAGAGGUAAAAAGAAAAAGAACAGGAAGACUAAAUCUUUGUGUGACUCUGUGACAACGCAGUUAACCCCUUUGUGCUUGGAUUGUGAUCACAGUGCACACACACACACACACACACACAAACACACACUCGUGCAAAUGAAUGGCUGAGGAACUCCAGAGAAAGCGACUGAGACAGAGAGAGCAAGAGAGAGACUCGCAUAAACUGCUCUCAGCGCGCAAAACCCAGAGAAUUUCCCUAAGUCCCGGUCUCCCGAGGGGCUUCGCCCAUUUCCAGCUGUGGGGAGACCAAAGAACAACAAGUUACUAAAACACGCGGGGAGAAGGAAUCUAGUGUGAAGGUUAGAUAGUGAGACAAGCCAGUAAAACUGACUGGAACAUUUAAGAGCGGAGAGGACAAGCAGACGUUUUAUCUCCCCAAGUUGAAUAAAUUGUCUUUUAAAUGGCCCCGCGGGGAAGCCUCUCUGGGCACUGUUCUCUCAGAGACAGGAACCACGCAUUUAACUAAAAGUCAAAAAAUGACAGGAUUGUAAAAACGCAUUUUACUCUUACUCCUCACUUUAAACAUUGCGAGAUGCCAAAUAUAUUUUAGAAGGUGUCUCACACGUAUUUGUGCAGCUGAACUGAGUCCAGCCACUGCGAUGUAAACUGAGAAUCCACUAAUGGUUCUGGAGCAGUAAGCAGAGAACUUCGUUCCAAUGAAUGAUGGAUCCGCAGCUCAGCUACAGAGCUCCUUCUCUUGAAAUUAGUAUUUAUUAUUAGCAACCAGCCCAUGUUUCUCAUGUUUUCGCAAUUUGUUCUAUUUUUAUAGCAACACACCAAUGUAUAUACGUUUA